GAAGUCAAGCCUCUUUGGUGAUGCAUUGAUGACCGCCAGUCUUGGGGGACGCUUGUUAGAACAAGACCUCGGACUGUGCAUCGCGAUGUGAGACACGAUAAGGCAUCAGCCCCAGUUUGUCCUUGCAGUUAAUUGUUAUCAUGGCUACCAGAGGAGGAGAAACGAAGGACAAAAUGAAGAUAACGAAAAUCCCCGUCAGCCCAAGACAGAUCUUGUGUGUCCUGAUAGUAGCUUGCACGCCAACUCUCAACGGCAUGCUAGGCGGGUGGACGGCUGUGUUGCCCAAGUUGCAAGAGGACUCAAGCAGGUUCACGGUGACGGUUCAGGACGUCACUUGGUUAGCGUCCUUAAACCUAAUAGUAGGUAUCGGGGUUUGUCCUUUGGCUGGAACGCUGGCGGAACACGUGGGUCCUUGUCGUCUCCUGUUCCUGGCGAUGUGCCCCGUGCCCGGUUUCUGGCUCAUACAGGCCUACACGCCGUGGCUCCCUCUGCUGUAUGUGUGUCGAGCUGCCUUGGCGAUCAGCACGUCCAUUUUGAGCACAAUGGUACAACCGCUGAUCGCUGAGCUGUGUCCCGUCGAGAUCAGGGGCUUGGCGGGGACCUUGCCUGAGGUGAUGGGCUGUGCUGGGAUCCUGCUCUCCUACGUCCUGGCUUACCUGCUGCCUUGGGACGUGGCCACGGCGGUGUCGGCCGCUCCCUUCGUGCCACUGGUCUUGCUCAUGCUCCUCGUGCCUGAAUCUCCAUAUUGGCUGGUGAGGAAGAAGAGGAUCGACGCCGCCGAGAGAUCCUUGCGAGUCCUGUUGGGCCGCAGCGCCGACGUCACGAAGGAACUCGACGCCAUCAGGAGCACCACGACCCUCAAGCAGUCCAAGGUCAAGAACCAGUUACAAGAGCUUCGCCGAGGUCGUAACAUCCGUCCCGUGGUACUGAUCAUUGCUCUGUUCGUCUUGAGGGAACUCGGCGGGAAAGCCCCCGUCUACAGCUACACCGUCUACAUGUUUCGUAGCGCAGGAGUAGAGCUGGAUGCCUUCUACUGCACAGUGUUCGUCGGAUUAACUCGUUUUGGCGCUACGUUAGUGUCAGCUUUCAUCCUAGAUCACCUGGGCCGAAAGCCGGUGCUAGUGACGUCAGCGACGAUAUCGGCCCUGGCGCUGGCUGCCGCCGGCGCCACUGUCUUCCUGGAGGUGGACGAGGCUUCGUGGGUGCCCUUGGCAGCCAUGCUGGUGUACGUGGGGGCCUACGCAAUCGGUCUUGGUCCCAUCCUGUGGGCUUAUCUCGGCGAACUCCUUCCGACCCCUGUGAGGUCCAUGGCAGCGUCUAUAAUAACCUUCUUCCACUUCUCCUCCUCCUUCAGCGUAAACUACAUGUUUCUUGAGGUCGUAGCGACCUUCGGCCUCGGUCGAACGCUGAUGGUGUUCGGAUCCGUCAAUCUGGUCAUCGCCAUAGUCGUCUUCUGCUUUAUCCCUGAGACGAAAGGUCGCUCUCUGCAGGACAUGGAGAAGGCUUUCGUAGCGAAGGGCCCCAAGGAAGGAAAAGACAACCCGACCUUCGAAGCAAACGAGAAGCCUCCCCCCACGGACCCCCUCAGCCAGACUCAAAGCGACUCGCACGAGGCCGCGACAGCCUCUUGUGCUUCGUCAGUCUCCUCCAACGGGCCAUGCACACCCUCAAAUUCCAGGACCGGACCGUGCACUCCUCCAGGAUUCCGCACCUUACCAUGCAUAACGCUUGGAGCCACAGAUGCCCGAUGCGCCCCGCGAAGCACCAAGGAACCAGAAUCCAGAGCUGGCGAUAGGCUUUCUUCACGCAGUUCGUCGAACGUUUCCUCCUCUUCAGCCACAGAGGCCACAAUCCCAGCCUUCAUUCAACCAGAAGAACCUACAUUACAAAUUACUUAUCUAUAAGGGAGACUUUACAUUGAAGACGUUCGAGAAGAUAAUUCGUUCCUUAGCUGCAACAGCCUCAAUUUCCAUUAUUAAUGAAGAGAUGUCAGACUCGGUAACUACGGUGGGCUAAGUAUGAUAUGAGAACACGGUAUAUGAGCCAGAUAUCAUUAUCAUAAGUAUUUAGCAGCCACAUCCUGAAGAAAGAAUAUGGUAACGUAAGAACACGUCAUAAGAUUUUUAACAAGUUGACAAACGUAGAAGAGGUAAGGAGAAUGAAUAUCUCCACAAUACAAGAGAUGUAUUUGAUCAGUUUCGAUUAUAUCUUCGUCUGAAAUACGUGUAUUUCUGGCGAAGGUAUAAUCGAAACGAUUAUAUUUUUUGACGAAGAUAUAUUCGAAACCGGUCAAAUACAUCUCUUUGAUUGUAAAGAUAUUCUUUCUCAUUCAUACCUUUUCUAUAUACAAGUGAAAAGUGCUUAUUCUUAUUGGCAUGGAGACAUACUAUCCGUAAGAGCUAAGAGAUUUUUUUCAAAUUACUUAAAACAUGAGAAAUGAUAUACCGAAAAGACAAAAAUCAAUUGGAUUCACACAUAAAACUAAAGCAAUGUAAGUCAUAUAUCAAGAAGACAAAGUUCAAGUAAUUCAUGUAAAAUAUAUGUAUGUAUGUCAGGAACAGCGAAUUAAACGCAGACCUGAUGAUGGCACAUAAUUACUCUCCUAUAUUAAUGUAUGGUCACAACCAGACAUGUAGUAGCUCAUCAUUGCUCAUGAGCAAGUAUGUCGUACUGGUUAUUCAGCGACUACCAAUACUUUCCUCAAUGCUAUCUUCUGAUAUCAAGUAUGCAUGUGUAUGAGCUUAUACUACUGUAUGGAUUUAUUUCAUACUGUGAAAAUGUUCCCGAGAGUCUGUCCCUGACGAGUCCUCAUCCGCCUCCUGUCUAAAUAAAUUCCAACGAAAAUAUU